GUCCCUCAAUCAUCAAUCAGACAUCACAAUGAAGCAAACUCCAGACUGGGUCAAGCAGCUGAAGCCUUCGGGCAUCCAGGGGCACGAGCUGCUCAAGGCAGAGCGCGACGGCUCCAGUGUGCCCGUGCAAGAUCUCGAGGUGCUUCUGCACACGCAGGAUGUCAUUGACAGGAGGAACAAGGUGCUCGAUAUCCUCAAGUCGGAGAAGGUCUUCGACAAGUCCCAGAACUACUUCAUGGGCAGGAUAGACAGGUUCGAGCGCGCCCUCGCAAGAGAGAAGCGCCUGAGGAUCCUCAAGAAGCAGCACAACUGGACACAAGACGAGUUCCACACGGCUACCGACCUCAUUGGUGAGCCAGGGCCAUAUGGCCUCCACGACUCCAUGUUCAAGGUCACGCUGAAAGGUCAAGGCACCCCGGAGCAGCAGGAAAAGUGGCUCACAAAGGCCAAUGAUUACAAAAUCAUCGGAUGCUAUGCUCAAACCGAGCUUGGCCACGGCUCCAACGUCCGUGGUCUCGAAACAACCGCUACUUGGAACAAAGACGACAAGACCUUCACCAUCCACUCGCCCCAUCUGACCGCCAGCAAGUGGUGGAUUGGAUCCUUGGGAAGGACUGCCAACCAUGCGGUUGUCAUGGCCCAGCUCAUCAUCGACGGCAAAUCGUAUGGACCAACCCCAUUCUGCGUCCAGAUCCGAGACCUGAAGACGCAUGAGCCACUCGAGAACAUCCACAUUGGAGACAUUGGCCCCAAGUUUGGCUACAACACCAUGGACAAUGGCUUCCUCUUGUUCAACCAGGUCAAGGUCCCACACAUCAGCAUGCUGGCUCGCUACACGCACGUUGACCCCAACACCAACAAGUUUGGUCGCCGUGGUGCGCCAUCUCUCGUCUACGGUACUCUUACCUGGGUGCGUUCCACAAUUGUCAUGCAAGCCGGCAGCGUUCUCGCUCGCGGUGUGACAAUUGCAACCCGUUACUGUGCCGUGCGCCGUCAGUUCCAGGACCGCGAUGCCCCUGCUGGAGAAGCCGAGACACCGGUUCUCAACUACACCAUGGUCCAGAUCCGUCUGCUGCCACUUCUUGCCGCCACCUUUGCCCUUCAUUUUACUGGAAAGGCCAUGAUGGACAUGUACAAAGAAAACCAGAAGAAGAUCGCUCAGGGCAGCGCCAACAACGCCCCAAGCAAGCGCGGAGCCGGACCGGAAGAGGUCAAUUCUGGCAGUGAUAUGCUCGCAGAUCUACACGCUUCAUCGUGUGCUCUGAAGUCGCUCAGCAGUUCAAUUGCAGCCGAGGGACUUGAGGUCUGCCGACGCGCCUGCGGUGGUCACGGCUACUCUAGCUUCAGUGGUAUCGGAACUUGGUACUCUGACUACCUCCCUACCGUUACAUGGGAGGGCGACAACUACAUGCUAACCCAGCAAGUGGCUCGCUACAUGCUCAAAUCUGUCCGCUCUGUCCUCAAGGGCGACAAGCCUACAAACGACACGACUCAAAUUCUUUCCGAGUUCCACGCCCGCCGAAACAUUGGCUGUGCCUUUGACAUUAUUGGAUCCGAUGACGAUCUCGUUGCCGCCUUUGCCUGGCGCGUGUCUUUCCUCGCUUUCGAGGCCCACAAGCACCGCGACGAGAACAAGAAGCCUUGGAACGACCUCCUUGUGGAUUUCUACCGCCUGAGCAAGGCUCACGCCCAGUACAUGGUCGUCAAAACCAACCUGUCCACGCUGAAGAAGUUUGAACAGGAGGGCAAGAUCGACAAGAACCUUUUGGAGAUUUUGACCAAGCUGUUCCGUCUUUUCGCCCUACACACACUCGAGCAAGAAGGCUCCGAAUUCUACGCCUCUGGCGCCUGCAGCAAGAUCCAGAUCAUGCUUGCCAGGACCAACACUGUUAUGGCCUUGCUCAAAGACAUCCGCCCACACGCCGUCAGCCUUGUCGAUGCCUGGGGCUUCGACGACUGGGUCCUUGACAGUAGUCUGGGACGCUCCGACGGAAAGGUGUACGAGGAUAUGUUUUACAGAGCCAGCGAGCUCAACCCCCUCAACAGCAUUACCGUUGACCCAUACCCCGAUAGCGAUGUUUUGUUUAAGCGCAUUGAGAAGAGCAAGCUGUAGAUGGCGUGUAUAUAAUUACGCUGUAUUACUGCUAGAUGUAUUUUUACAUAAAAGAGAUAGAACAAAUAUGCAUAGAGCCCUAUUAAGGCGCUUCUUUUCCG